AUGGGGACUGUUAGCAGUGGCUUGACUGAUGGAUUCUCACGGGCAACGUGCUGCGUGCAGCGGAGGGCUGCAGCCCGCUGCUUGAACCCGCACUUGAAUCUGCAGCUCUUGAAAUGGGAGCAUGACGGUGCCAAGAUUGAGGAGGUGUGGUUGAUUCGAGACAGCUCCCCGUCAGCAGACCUUGUGCCGCAGCUUUCAUCGGAGCCCUCAGAUGCGCGCCUAGCAAUUGUUUACAAUAUCUCGGUUGGCUCCUCUGGUCUGAAACCUUUGCGACUGGACUGGCGCCCUGAGGGCUUGGGCUUUAUGCAAGGUGGCCUGUCCAAAGAGUGCAUAUGUGUCAAAGUGCCCUCCAGCCCCUUGCCGCUGGAAAUGCUGAUUAUGCACCUUCAAGGUGUCGAGAAGAAAGAGUACGAUCCACAACACUUCAACUCGCAAGAUUUCUGCAAACAUUUGUAUGGAUUGGUGCAAGGAAAUGAGGAGCGCAGCGACAAGUAA